AUGCUCAAGAUUUAUCGAGGCUACGCGAUGAAUAGGAGGCUGCUCGGCAAUAGCGACUUGAAGGAGAACACCAGUAUUAUCGAAAAUCAUGGCACCGGUGACUCUUUGCAGUUUAUGGUUUCCGCGAAUGGGAAGGUUCUUCAUGGAAAGAAUCGCGGUUUGGGUUGGAGGAACACUCAGGUGGGUGGCUACUUAAGCAACGAGUCAGUCCAGCAGUUAUCGCGAGACCUUGCGGCUAUACACACUAGUCACAUAAGGAGUGAAAAGCCUAUCUCAAAAGAUGAGCCUACACCAAGUACAUAUAAUGCGGUGGGUGGCGAGGCUACUGAAUAUCAGGAACGAUACGGGCGAGGUUUCACGCUAUAA